UAAGGCAUGGUGCAUUCAGCUGGGUGCCAACCUUAGAGCAUGUCUGCCAUGAAGAUCCUCUGGGGCCUCCUCGUGCUCUGCACGCUGAGCCACUUCUGCAGCAGUUCAGAAGUCAACAAUAAGCCUGUAAUAACUGUUGACUGCAGCAUUUACAAGAAGUAUCCAGUGGUAGCCAUCCCUUGCCCCAUCACAUACCUGCCAGUUUGUGGUUCUGACUAUAUCACCUACGGGAAUGAAUGCCACUUGUGUACAGAGAGCUUGAAAAGUAAUGGAAAAAUUCAGUUUCUUCAUGAAGGACAGUGCUAACUUCUCCGUGGAUGCGGAUAGAAAGCCAUGAUAUUUCAUCAUCUUCAUCACGCCUGGGAAAUGGCUAACUUGCUUCCAUCUCUACUGAUGUUUGAGUGGGGACAGAGCCAGAUUCAGUCAUUAUUGAAUGUAGAAAAUUGUUGUGCUUUUUCUUACAAACUCACACCUUACUGGUAGACUGUCUUAUUUUAUACCUCAGUAAAGAAUUUCUCCAGAAAAUUCAUCAUUACUUUUGUUUUUAUUUGUAUCCAGAUCAAAAAAUCUGAAAAAACUGAAAAUCUGAAAAAUUUUCAGAU